CUCGUUGGCAGGGCCGCUCCCGCGUGCAGCUGGGAGGCGGCGGCGGCAGCGGAGAGAGCGGAGGCGGCGCGCGCGGGCGCGGCGGUCGCGCUGGCGGAGGUGGCGCGGCUGCAGGUGGGGCUCGAGGCAGAGGAGGCCGCGGCCGCCGGGGACCUCAAGGAGAAGGCGGAGGCCCUGGAGUACGCCAGGAGGCGGCGCAAGGCGAUCGCCGCCGCGAUCGCGGCGCACGAGGCGGCCCAGGUCCGAACGCCGCGACGAACCAGAUCGCGCAAGAGAAUACGCGCCUACCUGGCCGACCGCACGGCCGAGGUCGCCCACGCCAGGGCGCUCCGGGCGGCCGUCGAGGAGCUCCAGGCCGGUGCCGCCCGUGCGGCGGCCUCGGCCGCGGACAGCGGCUCGCGCGCCCGAACCAUGGCGGACCAGGCGCGGGGGAUGGCGACAGACGCCGCCAGGGUGCUGUCGGACGCCCUGGUCCAGAUCGCGCAGAGGAGGGCCGAGCUCGCGGAGGACGAGGCGAUCGCGAGGGCGCAGGGCUGGCCAGGGCCGCUCCCUGGCACAGCCGCGCGCGACGACGACAACCUCGAGGAGAAGUGCCUGCACCGCCUGCUCUUCCGGCCCUGGCCGCGCGCCGUGCGCCUCUUCGGCGAGCUGCUCCACCGCGACGAGCUGUGGCGCGCGAUGGGCACCGGCGCGGCGCCCCCGCCUCACGCGCGAAGGUCGCCCAGCCUGGAGGAGGUGAAGCGGCUGCUCUGCGCCGCCUUCGCCACCAGCAGCGGCGACGUGGCCUUCCAGGCGGAGGGGCCCUUCCGCUGGCGCGUGGCUCUCAAGGGGCCCCGCGGCACCCCGUACGGGGAGGGCGUCUUCUGCCUGGACAUGGAGCUGCCCGGCGGCUGGCCCACCCAGCGGCCAGAGGUGCGCUUCCGCACCCCCGUGCACCACUGCAACGUCGCCGAGGACGGCACCGUGGCGCGGGGGGCGCUGCCGGAGUGGUCGAGCAGCAGCAGCUGCCUCUCGGUCCUCGGGGCCGUCGCGUCGCUCUUGUGCGCCCCGGUGCCCUCCGCCGCCGCGCGCCCCGACCUCGCGGCCCGGAUGGCGGCGGACCCCGUCGCCUUUGCGCAGGAGGCCAUGGAGGCCACGGCGCGUGACGCCGCGCCGCCGCCCGCGUGGGCGGCGGAGGCCAUGCGCGCGGCGGGG